AUGCCAAAACUAACAUAUGGCAAUACAUUUGAAAAGAAUACAUUCAGUGUGAUCGAACUUCAUUCCGAAGACCUUGUUCGAGCAUUUGAAUCUGGAAAUAUUACGAUCAAAGGACUUGCCGAAGAAGAAGCAGUACUUUGUACAGAUGCAGCAACUUAUAUUGUACGACAAGUCAAUACAUCAAACUCGAUGCUUCUUGCUCUUCCGGAAUCAAACAAUGUAAUAAGCGUUGUUGACGAUCUGUCGAGUUCGAUUGAGUUGAUUCCAUGUAUUGCUCGUCUUCAACGCAUCGAUUCUUUACUCAGGGACACAAGCUAUGCAGGUCAUCAUCGUGAAUCUAGCCUGACAGACAAAACUUUUUACACUUUCAAUGAUUUGUUGUCUCUUGUUCAGGCCAGUGAAGCAGAGUUGAGACGAGGACUUGAAGAAAGAUAUGUAUUUGAAUUGAAUGGAUAUUGCCGUAUUGUGGAUCAAAGCCAUUUGCAUCGUUUGAUCGAUGUCCUUGUGACCUACUGUGUUCUUCAAGACAUUGAUGUAAAGGCAAUUCCGGUCGAUAUUGCUAAGCAGAUGAUCCAGGAGGGUGUCCGCCAAGAUGAAGAGUAUGCGACUGGACAGAUCCCUGAUCAGGUUGUUUUGGCAUGUCUGAGAUCCUUUGCAGCAGAUCCAAAGUUUGGUUUGGACAAGGAUAGUGUUGUUUGUCUUGAUGAAAACAAGGUCUGCAGUUUCCUUGGACGAUUUAUUCUGGAGAGUGAAAAGGGAAAAGAAUGGCUGUACGAAGAUUUUAUGGAAGUUUGGACAAAACUUACACCAGACGUGUUUACGCCUUCAUUGGAAAUGUUAAAGGGGCUGUAUAUUUGUAAUGAGAGAGUUGCUGUUCAUAGAACUCAGGUUUAUGUGUCUUACUUUCCAGUAACUGAAUUGUCUACUGAUCCUGCCCAGCGAUUUGCUGCCCUGUUUGCUGAAAAGAAGCUUUGGUCAGUGGAUGAAAUCAAACCUUAUAUUGAAGAUCUUGCUUCGGAUAGAAAGAAGCAAGAGGGACUUUUACUCAAGUUCACUAGAAUCCAAAAGACCAAAAAUAAGAUAUUCCAUGGUAGUCGAGUAAAAUAA